AUGAGUGUUGUGGAAUCGGGCCUUUCCUGGCUCAGGCAUCUCCCUCCAUUGCCACUAUCACUCCCAUUAACAAUGCGCGAAAAAGACUCAUCUCCCCGUAAGAUGCUGGUGGCGUCUGGGGGCCACAGCUCGCCUAAGCAAGCAGCAGUAUACCCACUGUCGGUUAGACCCGGCGAUGAAAUGCCCUUUGAUUUAUCAAGGAAUACUAGAAGUCCAGGACCUCAUAUGUCUCCUGCUGGUAGACCUCCACCAGGCCCACACGACGGGGAUGAUCAACCGUUGGAUUUAAGAGUUGAGCACAAGAAAUUGUCUUUGAUGAUUAUGAGAAGGCAGGUAGAAGAUGAAAAUAGGAAUCUUGUUUCACCGGCACCAAGUGUAGCAAGUGAGAAAGACGAUAUCAUAGUUGAAGAACGAAAUAUAAGUCCUGUACAAAACACACUACCACCAAAAACGUUUAGUCCUCAAAUUCCUGCGUAUCCCGGCAUGUUAUUUCCACCCCAACCAAUCCACCCUAUGAUGCUGGAAGCCAUGUACCGCGCCCAAGGCGAUAAAGUACCUAGAUUACCCAUACCUUACCCAAACUCGCCACCAGGAUACCCACAAAGAUAUCCUUUCAUCAGCUCCGCCAUGUUGAGCCCACCUGUAAACCAAGUUCCUUUCGAUAUGCUACGCACGCCACCUGCACCUCAAACACCGAAAGUGUACGACCCAGCCGGCGGGAAAAUUAAGGACCGAUACGCCUGUAAGUUUUGCGGUAAGGUGUUUCCACGUUCAGCUAACCUUACAAGACAUCUUAGAACGCACACCGGUGAGCAACCGUACAAAUGCAGAUACUGUGAAAGAUCCUUUAGUAUUUCUAGUAAUUUACAAAGGCACGUAAGGAAUAUACACAAUAAAGAAAAACCUUUUAAAUGUCCACUAUGUGAGCGAUGCUUUGGUCAACAAACCAACUUAGAUAGACACUUAAAAAAACAUGAAGCUGAUGGACCAACGAUAUUAGAUGAAAGAAACCUCCAAAGAAGGAAUUUAAGCAAUAGAAACCUUAGCGAGGAGUCAUACUUUGAAGAAAUACGUUCAUUCAUGGGGAAAGUAACUGAUGGUAGACUACUACAACAACUACAACCUCCUAAAAGUAUACCUAACUUUCCUUUAAAUCUGCCACAACAAUUCUUCGAUAACACUAAAGCAAAUAAAGAAAAAACCAGGUCUCCUGAUGAUACCAAAAGGGAUUCCUCUUAUUUUUCCGACAAAGACAACUAUUCUUCAAGAUCCUCCACCACCUCAGAAACCUCAAACAAAGAGGAAGACUCCGAAAAACCCAAAAGCAAGAAAGAAACUGAAGACAGUAACAACAAUACUUGA